AUGUACAAUCAAUCAGUCGGGUUGGAACUGCUCUCAAGCACGCACGCGGUUUUAUAUAAAUUGGCGCAAUGGUGCGUAACUAUAAACGGAAGAGCCAGCAGCACUCUUGGUCAAAGGAAAGUAUGGCAGUAUGUUAGACACGGGAUACUUUCCGCAAAAAAGGCAGCAGCACAAUACCACGUUCCUUUAACAACACUGCGGAGACGAUUAACGAACCCAAUGCAGCAUCUGGAAAAUUGUUAGGUCGAUUUAGACCGGUUUUUUCGGCAGAACACGAGAAGGAGCUGGCCGAUUAUAUCUUAGAGAUGGAAAUUAGGCUUUUUGGUCUUGGCACGAGGGAGUUAAGGCACCUUGCCUUCCAGUUUGCGGACAAAAACCAUAUUGCACACAUCUUUAACGCAGCUAAAGGACUUGCAGGGCGUGAUUGGAUGUAUGGAUUUCUAAAAAGAAACCAAUAUA